AUGAGCCAGCGAUCUCGGCGUUACGAGGAGCCGCCCCGGCGGCGCUCUGGGAGCCGUCGACGAUCCUUGAGCCGCCGGCGCUCGCCGAGCCGACGGCGCUCUCCCAGCAGACGAAGGCGGAGAGAGGUUUCCAGGGAACGGGAAGCCAGAGAUCGAGACGCACGGGAAAGAGACCUGCGGGACAGAGAUCGGGAAACGAGGGAAAGAGACCGAUCAGACAGAGACUGGAGGGAAGCGCGAGAGUUGCGUGAACGGCGGUCACGAGAACGGGAGAAGGGUCGGGAGCGCCCCUGCGCGACAUUGCAGGUUUCUGGGAUCCCUGCCUCCGUGACAGAGGAGCGUCUUGAGGCUGUGGCUUGGGAAAAGGCGGUAGCAGCAGGCUCUUCAAUGCCCAAUGCUGUGAAAUUCGAGUAUGAGGAUCACCGCUUUGGUGGGAAAGCCCUGGUGGAGUUCCCUCACAAGGAAGCAGCCCAGAUGUUCAGGGAGCACAUUGGCGACUCCUUGGAAGUGGACGGUGCUCGGCUGGACGUGAGGUACAAAAGAUUGCCUGGGGAAAUCAGUCGAAGCCGCAGCCGAGAGAGGGUCGACCGAGACGAGCCCAGUGUGACAUUGAUCGUCAAGGGAAUUAUGCCUUCAACCCGAGAGGAGACUUUGAAAGGAGCCUUUCUGACACAUGCACCGGUGAAGGACAUUCGCCACUUCUCACGUCGAGGCUUUGCAUUUGUGCAAUUCCACUCCGUGGAGGAUGCGGUGCGAGCCCUCAAUGGAUUCGAGAAGCAAAACCAUAGCCGGCUGGACGGUGUCAGGGUACAAGCAAACUUUGCCAAAGAGCGGGAGGAACCGUUUCGCGAAGGGCGGGCCCUCUUCGUAGCAGAGCGCAGCUUUCUUCAGAAGCAGGCGAUUGCGGCUGCGGAGGCUGCAGAG